AACUGUCACUUGACAGUAACGCAUAAGACUUGGCUGUCAUGGACCAACAGGUCUGAGCCAAAGCGAGAAAAAUAAAAAAAAAAUCGUCAAAUUUCUGGUAAUCUCAAAUACGUAGACGCUGUUUAGAAUGUCCGUACUAUUUCGCAAAUCUCUACUGGCCCAAGUGCAUUUGCAGCGUAACAUGAGUGUACUAGCAUCUGUGCUGAGGUACAGUGAGUUUGGUGACCCUGCGAAAGUGGUAAAACUUCAGAAGGAAACGCUAGCCGAACCGUCUCCGGGUGAGGUGCUAAUCAAGACGUUGUAUGCUCCUAUCAACCCAGCUGACAUUAAUACCAUUCAAGGGAAAUAUCCAGUGAAACCGUCAUUUCCUGCAGUUGGCGGUAACGAAUGUGUAGCGGAGGUAGUGGCCGUCGGAGAUCAAGGAUCUCGGUUGAAAGCCGGUGAUCGUGUCGUUACAUUUGCAACAGGAUUGGGAACUUGGCGCUCACAUGCAAUCUAUAAGGAAAUCAACCUGAUGAAAGUGCCCAAAACAAUAGGACUAGCCGAAGCUGCCACCAUAACUGUAAACCCAUGCACUGCGUAUCGCAUGCUGAAGGAUUUUGUCUCACUGAAGGCAGGUGAUUCAGUAAUACAGAACGGAGCUAACUCAGCAUGUGGUCAAGCCAUUAUUCAGCUGUGUCGUGCAUGGGGUAUUGAUUGCGUUGGAGUCGUUCGAGAUAGAGCAGACUUUGGUAAACUGCGGGACUAUCUCAAAAAUUUAGGGGCAGCAGAAAUAAUUACCGAGGAAGAACUAAGGACGACGAAAAUAUUCAAAGAUGGAAUAUUCAAGAAACCGAAGUUAGCUCUAAACUGUGUCGGUGGAAAAAAUGCUUUAGAAGUUUCUCGUCAUCUCGAUAAUCAGGGAAUCAUGGUGACCUACGGUGGGAUGUCGCGGGAGCCGGUCACCGUCCCAACAGCGUCUCUCAUUUUUAAAGAUUUAAAAUACUGCGGAUUUUGGAUGACUCGCUGGACAAAGGAAAACAGUCUAAGUCCGAAAAGAUCAGAGAUGUUUGAAGAAUUGUUCGGAUUAAUUGUAAAGAACGCAUUAGCAGCACCAGCACAUGAACUGAUUGCAUUUAUAAAUUAUGAAAAAGCUCUCACAAACGCUCUCGAUAUUCAGGGAUUUGUAGGGAAAAAAUAUAUAUUCGAAUUUUAAAGGCACUCAAUUGUAAAAAUAGAUAUAAAUAGGCUGUAAUGAAAUCGUUAAGAUAUA